GUAUGUCUACGGGUUCCACUGGCGCAACCGGCACACCAACGCCUUGGCAAAGCUUGAUCCGCCGCGAAGCGAGAUGCCGGCUUGCUCGCAGGCCGUCCUGAACCGUCUGGUCUGUGAGGGGCAUCUGGAGAGUCCCGAUUUCGACCAGUGCAUCGUCAACGACUACGUUGGUGGUCAAGGCAUCAAGGCCCACCGAGAUCGUGAGUUCUUCGGCGAGGUGGUAGUGGGCUUCUCCUUGCGCAGCCGGACCAUCAUGGACUUCCGGUGCCUUCGAAGCGGGGAAGUCCGGGCAGUGCUCUUGGAGCCACGGUCCGUUCUCAUUCUGACGGCGGACGCACGAUGGUCCUGGCAACAUGCAAUCACACCCGCACCAGCGCUGCUUUGGCGCGGCGCAGCAUUGCCUCGAGGGCACCGCACGUCCCUGACACUGGGUCCGCCUUGCAGUCGAUGUGCUAUGUCAUGA